AUGUGCCAUGAACAGAGCCGGCUCCUCCUCCGCCUGUGCGAUGUGGGCCUGGCCGCGUCGUUGCUGUCGACAGUCCUUGGCCCAAUGGCCAAGCUGGCCGCAGUUGCGGCAGGUGUCGUCUCGUGCCGGCUUGUGCCUGCCGGCGGCGCUGCCCUGGUCGCCUCCGUGGGCAUCACCCUCGGCACGUCCUUGCCCACCGGCCUGGGCGUCUCUGCGCAUCUUGCGCGGCUUGCCACGCUUGCGGCCGCCUGUCGCGGAAGAAGGCUCCCCCUUCUUCCGGUUGAAAUUAAAAGGGACAAGUACCACAAGGAGGUUCGUGUUUUUUCUGAUGCCGGGCGAAUCCUCAGACCCCUUCUUGUGGUUGAGAACCUUAGAAAAAUCAGAAAACCAAAGGGGCGCUCAUUCUCUUUCCAGGAACUAAUGCAACAAGAAAUAAUUGAGUUCAUUGGUGUUGAAGAGGAGGAAGAUAUACAAUACCAUAAUUUUGCUCGGAGGGUAUUAUACCAAUCUGAAAAACACUCGCAACAAGCUAUUGGUUACUCAACGACAAAUCCACACAUCAGAGUUGAUACUCUUUCUCAUCAACUAUAUUAUCCUCAGAGGCCUCUUUUCAAAACAGUUAUAGCUGACUGUCUUGGCAGAUCAGAUUAUAAUACUUUUGGUAGAAAAGAUGACUUUGCGAGACCAGAAUAUUUCAAUGGACAAAAUGCAAUUGUAGCAGUCAGUGUUCAUCUGGGGUUUAACCAGGAGGAUUCCCUGGUUAUGAAUAGGGCUUCUCUUGAACGAGGUAUGUUUAGGACUGAACACCUCAGGAGCUAUAAGGCAGAUGUAGAAAACAAGGAUGGAACCAAACGACUGAAAUUGAAGGAAAAGAUAGACUUUGGAAAAACAGAAAGCAAAAGAGGACGUGUUGACAAUCUUGAUGAUGAUGGCUUACCUUACAUUGGUGCAAGUCUUCAGACCAAUGACAUCGUUAUUGGAAAAGUCUCAGAAUCUGGAGAAGACCACAGUAUUAAGCUGAAGCAUACAGAAAAUGAAUGGUUCAGAAAGGGUAGUACCUUUUUAUGGGGUUCAGCACUUUACAUGAUUCCAUUGAUCCACCCCACGUCCCCAUACCCCAAAAAAGUUCGGACACCUUGCCUUGGAGAUAAGUUUUCCAGCAUGCAUGGUCAAAAAGGUGUUGUUGGUUUUCUAGAAUCUCAAGAGAACUUCCCAUUUACUCACAAAGGUAUAGUCCCGGAUAUUGUGAUAAAUCCACAUGCCUUCCCAACACAUCAAACUCCCGGACAGCUGCUUGAAGCUGCUCUGGGGAAGGGGAUAGCCUGCAAAGGUACAAUGCGAUAUGCAACACCAUUCACAACAGCAUCAGUUGAUGUUAUUGCUGAACAGUUGCACAGUGCUGGUUAUUCACGAUGGGGAGCCGAGAAUGUUCUAAAUGGCCGAACUGGUGAAAGAAUGCAAUCCUUGGUUUUCAUGGGCCCCACCUUUUGCCAGAGGCUGAUUCAUAUGUCUGAAGAUAAGGUGACAUUCCGUAAUACUGGGCCGGUGCACCCCCUCACGAGGCAGCCUGUUGCCGACAGGAAAAGGUUUGGUGGAGUUAAGUUUGGAGAAAUGGACCGUGAUUGCCUCCUCGCCCAUGGGUCAGCUGCCAACCUGCAUGAACGCCUCUUCAUGCUUAGUGACUUCUCCCAGAUGCACUUCUGCCAGACAUGCGAGCGUAUGGCUAAUGUUGUCGUGAGGUCUGUCCCCGGAGGCAAAAAGAUCCGUGGCCCCUACUGUGGCUUCUGCAAGUCUUCGGAGAACAUAGUGAGAAUCAAUGUGCCCUAUGGCGCGAAGCUGCUCUACCAGAAACUCUUCAGCAUGGGGAUCUGCCUCAAGUUUGAUACUGAAGUCUGCUAG